AGAUUAGACAGACGGUAGCCAGCCAUAUAGCCACAGCGGUUAUGUUUACUUGAAUCUUACCAUUAACAACAUAACCUCAAUAAUCAACUUGUAGGCUUUAGAUUAUUGUUGUUGGUUUGCGUCAAAGAGUGCUUUCAUUAAUAAUAUAAAAUACUGAGUAAACAAUGGUUGUCGCUAUUGGUUUUGAAGGUAGCGCAAAUAAGCUAGGAAUCGGUAUAGUGAGAAAUGGCGAAGUUCUUUCUAAUUGUAGAAGAACGUACAUAACCCCACCAGGAGAAGGUUUUUUGCCCCGUGAAACAGCCCAGCACCAUAGAGCAAAUGUGUUAUCAGUUUUGCAAGAAGCUUUAGAAGCAGCGAAAUUAAGACCAGAAGAUAUUGAUGUGGUGUGCUACACAAAAGGGCCAGGCAUGGGAGCUCCUCUGGUGUCUGUAGCUGUUGUUGCUCGCACAGUAGCCCGCCUUUGGAACAAGCCUAUUGUAGGUGUCAACCACUGCAUUGGUCAUAUUGAGAUGGGCAGGGUUAUAACAAACAGUGACAAUCCAACAGUGUUGUACGUGAGUGGUGGAAAUACACAGGUGAUUGCGUAUGCAAGGCAUAGGUACAGGAUUUUUGGAGAGACCAUUGACAUAGCAGUGGGCAACUGUCUGGACAGGUUUGCGAGAGUGAUACAUCUUUCCAACGAUCCCAGUCCUGGUUACAAUAUUGAACAACUUGCCAAGAAAGGUAAGAAGUACCUUCCCCUGCCGUACGUGGUGAAGGGAAUGGAUGUCUCAUUCUCUGGCAUCUUAUCAUAUAUCGAGGAGCGAGCCCCCAAAUUAAUAGAGUCUGGAGAGUACACAGCAGAGGACUUGUGCUUUUCUCUGCAGGAGACUGUGUUUGCUAUGCUCGUGGAGACCACUGAGAGGGCAAUGGCUCACUGCGGAUCACAGGAGGUGUUGCUGGUGGGUGGAGUGGGCUGCAACGAGCGGCUACAGAAGAUGAUGGGUGAUAUGUGCCACGAGCGUGGUGCCAAGAUAUAUGCGACUGACGAGCGCUUCUGUAUCGACAACGGUGCAAUGAUUGCUCAUGCUGGUGCACUCUUAUACACAACCGCAGGCCCAACUCCUUGGGAACAGACAACCUGCACUCAAAGGUUCAGAACAGAUGAAGUGGAGGUGACAUGGAGAAACGAUUGAGCGUUUUAACCUAACUUUGUACAUAAUUAAAACAUAAUAAUGUACUGAAAACACAUGGUCA